GGCUGUUCCACACCAGUUUGUGCUCCCUGAGAACCAGCUUCUGUACCACGCCAAUGCUGCCCUCCUGGAACUGACUGCGGAGUGGCUCCCCCACUGGCUGCACCCUCCCUGGGCACCACAGUGGAAGGGCGGAAAUAGAAGAGUCCUGACAAAGCCACGCUGGUGCCAAGGCAUACCACUUCCACCGUUUUCAGCGGAAAGUCAUUCAUCUUCACACACCGGGGUCUUGGAAACGGGCAAGACAGAACACAGAGAUCGACUGGAAAGCGUACAUGGAAGAGGUGGAAGGAGUCAUCAAUGGCACCUACGACUAUACCCUACUUAAAGGAGGCACCGGCCCUUUGGUGUACCCAGCUGGUUUUGUAUACAUCUUCACGGCUCUGUACUACAUAACUGGCCACGGGCUGAAUAUCCGGAUGGGGCAGUACCUGUUUGCUGCUUUUUACUUAGUCACUUUGCUGCUGGUCUUCCGUAUCUACCACCGAACCCAGAGGGUCCCUCCCUACGUCUUCUUCUUCGUGUGCUGUGCCUCCUACCGCAUCCACUCCAUCUACGUUUUGCGGCUCUUCAACGAUCCGGUGGCCAUGAUGCUGCUGUUCGGUGCCACCAACCUCUUCCUGGAAGGCCACUGGACCAUGGGCUGCGCUUUCUACAGUCUGGCCGUGUCGGUGAAGAUGAACGUGCUCCUCUUCGCUCCGGGGCUCCUCUUCCUUCUCCUCUGGGAGUUUGGCUGGCAGGGCACCCUUCCCCGACUGAGCCUCUGUGCCACUAUACAGUUGCUGCUCGGCCUGCCGUUCCUCCUUGCGAACCCCGUGGGCUACAUCAGCCGCGCCUUCGACUUGGGACGCCAAUUCCUCUUUAGGUGGACCGUCAACUGGCGCUUCCUCCCAGAGGAGAUCUUCCUGAGCCGCUAUUUCCACCUCAGCCUGCUGGGGGCGCACCUGCUGACCCUGGUGCUGUUUGCACUCCUCAGGUGGAAAAGGCCUGGAGAGAGCAUCAUGGCGCUGCUGAAGGACCCGUCCAAGAGGACACAGCCUCAGAAGCUGAGUCCUGACCAGAUCAUCAGCAUCCUGUUCACGUCCAACUUCAUUGGCAUGUGCUUCAGCCGCUCGCUGCACUAUCAGUUCUACGUGUGGUAUUUCCACACCCUGCCCUACCUACUGUGGAGUGGGGGGGUGAAGAAGCUGGCCCACCUGCUUAGGGUCCUGAUCCUGGGGCUGAUCGAGCUAUGCUGGAACACAUAUCCGUCCACGGUGUACAGCUCAGCUGCCCUCCACGUGUGUCACCUUGUCAUCCUGCUGUCCCUGUGGUUGGCACCUCAGGAGGGUGGGGACAAGCCCAAACGGUCCUGAGCAGGGACCUGCCCUUUGCUCUGCGUGGUGAGACAUGGGUUGACUGCAGGUGUGGGUGUCACUCUUAAGCAUCACUGAGGCGUCUCUGCCUCUGGCCCCGCCCAUACCCCCCCCCCCCCCCCCCAUGGAUUUCAUGGGGGUUAGCGUAAACGGAGUCCUCUUCCACUUCCUGCCGAUAGUCAUACUGGUACCCAGGGAACCACUGUUCACACAGACAAGGAAACAGGAUGACAGGAAGUUCUCAGGUUUUACAAACUGACUCUUGAAGCCGGCCAAUAAAACUAGGAAGUAUUUUGUGUGGUGGUUUAAGAAAGAGUAUGUUAUUUUAUUUGGAUGUUUACAUGGUUUGUGUGUUUGGUUAAGUUAGUCCAAUAGUAAUGCAAGCCUGGUCCUCUUAGUUUUUCAUGAAUCGUGUCAGCUAUCUGAGCUGGGUAACAGGUACCUUGCCAUUUUUGCGGCUUGUCAGGUGCAGGUCAGUGGCUUAACGGAUUUGCUUUUUGUGAGCUUAUAGUGCCUGCUGCACUCGCGUCGUCGGGGGGCAGGGAAAUGUGUGACAGUAAUGCUCAGAGCAGGACAAAAACUCAUCAUUCCGAAACAAAAAUGGCACUGAUGGUAAUAGACUGUGAAUUGCCAAUAUACAAUCAUAUGGAAGUUUGUGAUGCAUUUUUAAAUGAAUCUAUGCAGUAUUGAGAAUCAUUGCUGUAAAUAUAAUAAAAUCGGCAUUCAGCAGAGUCUGGUGGAGUGUGUGGUUGGUGUGAAAAUGGACAGAUGUCUGUUGCUGAAUCUGCCAUUUUAUUUUUCAUCUGCAGCGAUAUGUUCAUAAGCCAUCCUCCGUAUGCAGGUGAGUCUGAUGUUCAUAAUGUUCCUCUGACAUUCUCCGUACUGUAAAUAAAUGCAGGUUAUGCUGUGAUGGAA